GCCGCUCACAGGGUGAGGCUGCAGGAAGGCUCUUUGGGAGCGCUGUUGGUGUGAAACUUCUAUUUUUGUCAAUCUCCACAACACCCUCCCAUUUGUUGUUGUGUACUCCACAACCACCUGAUGAAGGAACAGUGCUCCGAAAGCUAGUGCUUCCAAUUAAACAUGUUGGACUAUCACCUAGUGUUGUGUGAUUUUUAAUUUUGAAGAGGAGAAUUGAUCAUUCAGAUAAGCUCACUUCACAUUUUUGCUUUGUAGAUUGAGAAACUUUGAGAGCACAGAGUGACCUGGCUAGAAUCCAUAAACAGAGCAUUGUUAUUCCUGAGUCCAAAGGUCCAUUUGAUUUGCUUCCACUGUGCAAAGCAAAGUUAACUAUCAACUCCAGGGACCAUCAGCAAACAUGGAACCAAAUAAUACAGCUAACCAAUCAAUCGUCAAAGAAGAGGUACUGGCAAAAGGCAAAUGGGCUCAACUUUUACAGACAACCUACAUAGAUCCUACUGGCAAAACCAGGGUUUGGGAAACAGUGAAACGAACAACCAGGAAACCAAGCAGUAAAUCUGAUGGAGUGGCUGUCCUAGCCGUGCUAAAAAAGACUCUGCAUUAUGACUGUUUGAUUAUGGUGAAACAGUUCAGGCCACCAAUGGGAUGCUACUGUCUGGAAUUGCCAGCAGGUCUCAUAGAUGAUGGUGAAACUGCAGAGGUUGCUGCUUUACGGGAGCUUUUGGAAGAAACCGGAUACAGAGGAGAGAUCAGUGAAACAACUCCAGAUUUAUGCCUGGAUCCCGGAUUAACCAACUGCACAAUGCAGUAUGUGACUGUUAAUAUUAACGGUGAUGAUUCAGAAAACCUCCAUCCGAAACAGAGGCUGGAUGAUGGAGAGUUUGUUGAGGUUAUUUUAAUUCCAAUGAAUGAACUUCGUAAGAAACUUGAUGAAAUGCUCCAAAAAGAAAAUAUUGUGGUGGAUGCUCGAGUUUACGCCUUUGCGAUGGGUUUGAUGUAUGCCUCUUCAAAGCCCAACAUGUUGCCUGUUUUGAAAGCUUGAAGGUCUUCUCAUCUACAGCUGUUGCACAUGGAUAUAUUUAAUCUCAGUUUUGUACUCUACUGUUGUACUAAGGAACAAAGAACCAUUUGUCUAGAAUGUAAUAACAUUGAUAUAAUUAACUAAAUUUAAGAAGCCAGAUUUACAGAACUGCCUUAUUCAUAACUGCAUCACUUCAUCUUUGCAAAAUCCAUAAGUGGCAGCAAAUAAAUUGCAUUUUUUAAAAAAUGUCUUUCAAAUUUUUGCCCUGGUACAGAAAGUUGCAUGUGGGUCAGAUACCUAAAGCCAGUACAAAUCAGCAUGAGUUGGUAGAGAAAUCUUUGAAUAUUAUGGUGUGAGCUUUUGGUUUGACAGAGUUCUGGAACAUGAUCUGAAUAUUGCAAAAUUAUAUUAUAGACUCAAAACCAGCAGCUUUUGUAAGCCUCUGAAAUCAUAGCAUUAAGUACAAUUAGCUUUGAUUAGCAGAAAUCCAUCAUCACAUUUAGGAAUCUCUAUUUCAAGAUACUCAGACAUCCACAGGACCUGGUUAGGAAUGCACUCUGUCCACACUGGCAUAUGUUUAGAAUUCCCAUUAUUGGAGUCAAAAUCAUUUUACUGAUUGGAUAUUGGCUUGCGGAUUAGCUGAGAAUAGAGGCUAAGGAUUGUGAUUGUCCCUCUAGGUCUCCAUUGAUAAGUUAGUGUGGAGGUAGUUCCCUCAAGCAAAUCUCAGACAGAUUAUGUAAUAUAUCUCAUCCCAGUCUCAUAGGUACUUGGUGUAUUUCCCUUCCCCUCCCUGGUUGUUAUGUAACUGGGAAGUUAGGAUCUUAGGCCUCACUAGGUAGGCAACUGUUACAAGGAGUUUUUCAGGUGGCAUGAUGAACCACACAACUUUCCAUUGAACAAGUCUGCUGUCAACAUUUUCUAACUACUGUAGAGAAUAUUACCCUAACAAAUGGUUAAUUGGACCACUUUUGAGGUUGGCACUUUAAAAUUCUGUUUGCUUACCAGUAACUGACUCUCAAUAGAUAUGUAAUCCUGGAUAUGUAGGAUCAGAAACAGGGCAUAUCUUCUUCACAUCCAUUAAUCAACCUUUCUGGUAGUCAAAAAAAAAUUCCUUUUGGAUUGCUUUAAUCCUCAAGGCCAAUUUUGUUUUGUACCAUACAACUACUGUAAAGAAAAAUGCAUUCAACAUGUGUUUCAGUAAAAGAACAUGUUUGUCAUAA